AUGAAGUUUUCGAUUGACGUAUUGGGUGUGUUCCUCAAAGUAGUUGUUAAGAUCAACAAAGUGACGUUUGCUCCAUUAGUAGUAUCAACUUUAUUCAUUCUCCUGACGUCAUUGUUGGCCCACUGCGCGCGAAGAGCUGUUCAGAAAUUAGUUAAGGAGCCCUUUGUGAAACUUCUCUUUGAAGAGGCAAUUGCAGCAGCGGAACUAUGCGGGUGUUGUUUUGAACUGAUUAUCAUUGCCGACAAUUUUGGUGUAGCUACUUAUGCCAUUUACUUGUUCGCUCUCACGAUCUGGUGGUCCUUGAAUUGGGGGGAUGCAACUGCUUGCCCUUACACUCACAUAGAGGAUGUCAUUGAAGGCAAAGGCGAUAUUCGAAAAUCAUUGCUGAAGACUUGGGCGGAGUUGACUGGUGGUCUACUCGUCUUCAAAUACGUCCAGAUGUACUGGGCUUUGGAAAUAUCAGAAACGCACAAAGACAAGGCAAUUGAAGACUGCAAGGCGGAUUUGCAGGUUCCAGUUAUAUACGGGGCGAUUGUAGAAGGUGUAGCUACAUGCUUUUAUCGGCUUGCAUCCAAAUCUCUCGGUGAUCUGAGUCCACGAUUCGCGACAGCUAUUGACGCUUUUAUUGGAACUUCACUUGUUGUUGCUGCAUUUGAUUAUUCCGGUGGUUACUUCAACCCAGUGUUGGCUACCUCGUUGAAAGCUGGAUGCGAAGGUCACUCACUCCUCGAGCACGCUGUUGUAUACUGGGUGGGAGCGUGCACUGGCUCAAUCCUUUCCGUUUAUCUGUACAAGUUACCAGUGAUUCAGAAUUAUAUCAGAGGCACCACUGUCGUAAAUGGCGACAGCAUAUGGGCAGACAAAGAUGAUUAA